GAAUCUAUUCUCAAUUACAGCUGAUUGGAUCACGAUAAUAGCUGAUGGUCAUUGCUUGUGAUAAUAAUGUAAACUCAUCCAAGAUUCCGGUUCUCUCCUUUAACACCAAACACCCACCGAAAAAUGGGUUCAUAGAUAUUAGACAGAGUUCGAUAAUCUCCAUUAACGAUCGUUAUAACCAAUCUACUUCAGCGGCUAAAUUUGACUGUCGGCCCAUAGCCGUAACAUACAAUAGCAGAAAUAACCAUAUAUCCUCUAUUUACAAACGAGAGGAUAAUAAUAUUCAUGAUAAUAUCAUUGUACCUAAGUGCUCUUCUCAAACCACAUUAAAAUGCCUUAUCGGAUCUAGACAUAAAAAUGUGUUUAAUAAUCAUAAAUGCCCCAAUCAUGAUCAACAGCAACCUCAGAUAGGUAAAACAACCCUCAUUAAUAAGCAGGCCAACUCAAAUUACACUUUGGGGUCUACCACAAACUCGAACGCGAUCUCUAUUAAUAAAAAUCAGACCAUCGUGACUUCUAAACGCCCUUCUUUCCUCUUGCCAAACCUUAAAAUCAAACCUUCUUCUUUACUCAUCAAGUCAGAAUCGUCUGUUAAAAAGGAGUGCAAAAAUAUUUUCAACAACAAACGCGAAAUUUGUACAAAUACGGGGCCCAACAUCGAGAAUAUUAAAAAAUAUAUUUCAAAAGAUGCCGAUUACACUAACGGCGAUAGCGCGCUACCACAAGAAUCGAAAAACUUGAAACACACCACAAAUAAUUCCUCGACAAAAACCCAAUCGCUAUCGAAUCCUUUUUUGACUCGAAAAUUUUUCUCCUUUCGUAACCCGAAGAAAAAAUCUAAUCCGUCUCAUUUUUGCAAAACCGAAUAUAAAACCGUCAUUACCGAUAUUUUACCUCGCAAGAAUUAUCACCCUACUGGGACUGAUGAAAGUUCGUUGACUGAUAAUUUUGGACAAAAAGAUAAAGUUAUAACAUUCAACAAUAAGGCCACGUUUUAUAAAAAAAAUAAUAUAGAAGAAUUAUUGACUCGAAGCAACCAUAGUUUAAAUAGCGAAAAUACUGAGUUAUUAGGUGAUUUAUCAUGUGGGUCGGCUAAAAAUUUCGAAAUGUUUGAAGCAAAAUAUUUUCCCUCGAUCCACGAAUAUGCUUUAAAUUCGAGUUCUUAUGGCGAUGAUAAGAAAGAAAUCUUUAAUAAUGUUGGGCGCGAAUUUAAAAGUCUAGAUAACGAGUAUUUUAUUGACAUUAACAUAAAUUGCAACAAGUCGUUAUCAACCUACCCUAAAAAUGGUCUUAUCAAAGAUUUUAAUGGAUCAGCUUCGCUAACAAAUAACGAUGUCAUCGUCACCUCCGUUUCUUUAAUACCGGCUAAACACUCACACCCUUUCAGUUCUUCUUCAGUGUCAUACAACAACACUCCCAACUCAACGUUGCCCAUGGCCUACUACAUUCCUCUCGACAAAUUGUCACCAUCCUAUUUGGGACAAAAGGCCACUCCGCCCGGGGUCAACGCUCAUUAUACUUUAGCUAAGGGCCAUUUUUCUCGCAAACCCUUAUCGAAUCAUAUCGAAAAUAAGCGUUCCGAACAAAUAUUUCGAUUACCAUUUCAUGAUCAUUGCCAUAAAAAAAUAGAUAAUAAUGAUAUUAACGAGUUAUCAGACAUCCUUCUAAAGCUUUUGCCUCCUCCUCCGUCUCCCACACCUCCACUUUUAUUUACUUCAUCUCACAAUAAAUCGACCGAUAUGAUCAUUUCUACAAAUUCAAGCGAUUCUCACUACAAUAAUAACUUUGAUCAUACCGUUCACAAAUUUGCUAUGAAUAAAUGCGAAUUUGGCUCGUUGCUCCAAAGAACUAACAAAAAUUACGCUCAGAUCUUACCGCGUAAUCAUUCCUUCACCUCCUCAAACAUGUCUACAACUAAGGAUAUGGCUGUCGACACGCUGGAGUUAGAAAGUAACGGCGGCAGCUUCGAACAUGCAGUUGAUUUGCAAACUUUUGUUUUUCAUCCUGAGAAACAAGAACAUUCAUACAUUACUGAUUCUAAUAUGGCUAAGCCCAGUCUCAAUUUUUUUGUAUCACUCAAUGAUAAUCAUUUAAAUUUUGAAGGUAAAAAAGACCCAAAAAGUUAUGAUAAUUUAAACAAUCACAACUAUGAAAAUGAUGACGAACAUCACAUGCAUAAUGAUUCACAGUUAAUAGAAGAAAAUUCUCAAAAGUUAUUUCCCAAACCCAAUGGAUCUUCUUUAACAACAUUUUUGACUCAUAAAAAUAAUGAUGAAUAUGAUAAAAACGGACAACUUAUAGCUUUAUUAAUCAGCCAGGGUCAUUUGUUGGAUAUGGAAAGGCGAGAAAAACAAAGAAUCAUAACUGAAUACGAGGAAAAAAUUCACGAUUUAACAAUUCUCAUUCAGGAUAUUAAUCAAAAUUUAUCUAUGAAUGUCAGAAAUUCUAAACACACUGAUCAGAACAAUUCGUGCACCCAGAAUUGCCAAAAUGUUAAUUAUCUAUCUGACGUCUUAAAUUCGGUCAUGGACCAGCUUGCCCAAGCCUUCAAAAAUUAUAGGCAUUUAUCUGAAGAAAAUACAAAAUUACUAAGCAUCAUAAAUUUGCAGCAGAACAUGAAUUUAUCAAAUACAAAUUUAAUUUACCCCAAAACCUCAAAGAUGCAAAUGCCAGAAAAUAUUUAUCUCAAAUUGAUGGAAGAUAUAAAAGAGGAAGAAAGCCAAAGGCUUAAUGAAUCCGACAAUAUAAUCAUAAUAGAGGACAAAAUACUAGAAUUGGGAGACAAGAUAUACUCUUAUGAAGACUUAGGGAAACCUUGCCUGUAUAAAAUUAACUCACUAGAAAACUUCAGCUUAGAUGAAUCAUCAGAUUGACAAUAAAUUUAUUAUCAAGAACAAGAAUAUAGGCUGAGUUUUAGACUUUUCGAAAUUAUUAUAUUUUACUAACUAAAUAAAAAAUUUUUUUUAAAUUCCUCACAAAUAUAAAUUAAAUAUGAAAAUUGAAUUGUAAAAUUAUUUUAUUAUACAAGUCGACAAAUUUGAUAAUAUAUU